UGUGCCUCUUCAUUUUCCACUGCUCCUCUCUUCCUUAUGGAAUUAAAGCAGAAGUUUUAAGGAGUAGAGAGGGGAAAAUAAUCUCUUCAGUGGUUCCUUCUUUGACCAUUCUCAAUGGGCCCGGAAAUGUCCGGAGAGGAUCGAAUCCAGGACCACUCAAAUGAAGAAGAGAGCUUGGAAAGAGCUUCGUCGGAAGGGCACGUCGAAUCGGGAAGGCAGAAGCUGAGAAGGUACGACUCUCUUGACAUCGAAUCUGCCAAGUUCUCAAGCCACCGUGCUCAUGGCACCAAACAGGGUGGUGGAGAAUGGUCGGUGAUACUGCAAUUAGCAUUUCAGAGCAUUGGGAUAGUGUACGGCGACAUCGGGACGUCGCCGCUAUACGUGUACUCGAGCACCUUCACCAAAGGGAUCAAACACGACGAUGACAUUUUGGGGGUCCUCUCCCUCAUCUUCUACACCAUAACCUUGAUCCCUCUCAUCAAAUACGUCUUCAUCGUCCUCCAGGCCAACGACAAUGGCGAUGGUGGAACAUUCGCUCUGUACUCAUUGAUAUGCAGGUACACGAGGGUGGGCUUGAUCCCGAGCCAACAGGCUGAAGACCAAGACGUGUCCAACUUUCAACUCGAGUUGCCCAACAAUCGGUUGCGCCGAGCUUCACGAGUUAAGUCUAAGCUGGAGCAGAGCCGGUUUGCCAAGUACUUCUUGCUCUUUGCCACCAUGCUCGGCACCUCCAUGGUCAUCGGAGACGGAGUCCUCACUCCUUGCAUCUCAGUUCUGUCAGCUGUGGGAGGGAUCAAGCAAGCUACUUCGGCUAUGACCGAAGAUAGAAUUGUUUGGAUAUCAGUGGCGAUACUGGUGUGCUUGUUCAUGGUCCAAAGGUUCGGGACUGACAAAGUCGGGUACAGCUUCGCCCCGAUCAUCUGCAUUUGGUUCACAUUUAUUGGCAGCAUCGGUGUGUACAACUUCUUCAAGUUCGACCCUGCUGUGAUAAGGGCGGUGAACCCGAUGUACAUCAUCGAGUACUUCAAGAGGAAUGGGAAAGAUGGAUGGAUUUCUCUGGGCGGUGUCGUGCUCGCCAUAACAGGAACUGAAGCUUUAUUUGCGGAUGUCGGGCAUUUUACAGUUCGGUCCAUACAAAUAAGUAUGUGUGCUGUAACGUAUCCUGCCCUCCUAUUAGCUUAUAUGGGACAGAGCGCGUUCCUCAGGAAGCAUAAGGAUCUUGUUUCUGAAACAUUCUUCAAGUCCGUUCCAGAUCCAUUAUACUGGCCAAUGUUUGCAAUAGCCGUCAUGGCAGCGAUUAUAGCAAGUCAAGCAAUGAUCUCUGGAACUUUCUCCAUCAUCCAGCAAUCCCUCUCCCUUGGGUGCUUCCCUCGGGUUAAGAUAGUCCACACCUCGAACAAGUACGAAGGCCAGGUCUACAUUCCUGAAAUCAACUACCUUCUCAUGCUCGCCUGUAUCGGCGUCACAGUUGGGUUCAAAACCACUGAGAAAAUCGGCAAUGCUUAUGGGAUUGCAGUGGUUUUUGUUAUGACGUUGACGUCGUCCUUCUUGGUGCUCAUUAUGAUCAUGAUAUGGAAAACCCACAUACUUCUUGUGAUCUCGUAUGUCCUGAUCAUCGGGACGGUAGAGCUUCUGUAUUUGAGCUCAGUCCUCUACAAAUUUUACCAGGGAGGCUACCUUCCUCUUGCAUUCGCAGCAGUUCUGAUGACCUUAAUGUAUGUCUGGAAUGAUGUGUACCGGAGGAAAUACUACUACGAGCUUGAGCACAAGAUCUCCCCGGAAAAGCUCAAGGAGAUAUCUGCUGACACGAACUUCUGUCGGAUCCCAGGGCUUGCAAUCUUCUAUUCGGAGCUUGUCCAGGGCAUUCCUCCAAUAUUCAAACAUUAUGUGGCAAAUGUACCAUCCCUUCAUUCGGUACUCGUCUUUGUUUCCAUUAAGUCGUUACCAAUAAGUAAAGUCCCGACAGAAGAGCGAUUCCUUUUCCGGAGGGUGGAGCCAAUGGAAUUGAAUGUGUUCCGUUGCGUAGUCAGGUAUGGAUACACUGAUGUGAGGAACGAGCGUGAGUCAUUUGAGGGGAUGCUUGUCGAGAGACUGAUGGAGUUUGUAAGAGAAGAAUUCUAUGUCCUCCAUUGCAAUGGACGAGAACAAGAUAACGAUAACCAUCGUGGGCUAGAGAAUCAUGAUGACAAUGAUCAUGAGGAGGAUACGGAGAAACGAGUGGAUGAUGAGGCGAAGAUAAGGGCCCAGGAGCAGGUCGACAGAGACCUAGAUAUGGUGGAGAAGGCGUGGCAGACAGGAGUGGUACACUUGAUCGGAGAGAGCGAGGUGGUGGCUAGGAAAGGGGCCGGGCUCGGGAAGAGGGUGUUGAUAGACUAUGCUUACAAUUUCCUGAAGAAGAAUUUGAGACAGAGUGACAAGAUCUUUGAUAUACCUCACAAGAGGAUGCUUAAGGUGGGGAUGACUUAUGAGCUCUAGUCUAGAUGGGCUAUUCUGGAAGCAAUUAGGACUCAAUCAUACUGCUGUACAAUGCUUAUAGUAGAAGGGUAAUCCUGAGUAGCUAUGGAACACCAUAAUUAAAUAAUUACUGUGUAAUUGUAGUGUAAUUGGGCUCCUUUCCCAUUUGCUUAGGCAGUAAAUAAAUUAAUGAAUGUGAAAGUAGGUUAUAUUGAAUGGAGUGUAAACAUCAUUUCACUAACUAUAUCAUGGUAAAUUGUAUGAGGAGAUUUAAAAUGAGAAACAUCGUAUUGUUAUGGGUAAA